GCAGCGCUGCCGGCAGGGAGCCGCUCGGAACGAGCCCGGCGUUGUGUUUGUAGCGCGUGAUUCUGCGGUGUGUUGGUUUUCACUCACAGCAUGAAUGAGUUCCGCAUCCACCACGAUGUCAACGAGCUGCUCAGCCUGCUGCGUGUGCAUGGUGGUGAGGGGGCUGAGGUGUACAUCGACCUGCUGCAAAAGAACCGCACGCCCUAUGUCACCACCUCUGUGUCUGCACACAGCGCUAAGGUAAAAAUAGCAGAGUUUUCUAGAACUCCUGAAGAUUUUUUAAAGAAGUAUGACGAGCUGAAGUCUAAAAAUACCAGACAUCUAGAUUCUUUGGUGUACCUACUGUCAAAGCUCACAGAAGACAAAGAGACACUCCAGUAUUUGCAACAAAAUGCUAAAGAAAGAGCGGAACUCACAGCAAACAUGGCAGCUGGUAGCAGCACAACUUUCUCCAUUCCCUCAUCUACGUCCAAGAUAUCCCUGCAGGAACUUGAGGAGUUGCGCAAGCAGCUUGGCACUGUCACAGCCAACUCCAGCGCACAGCAGCCUCUUGAGCUUACACGAAAAAUGCUCCGAGAUAAGCAAAAUAAGAAGAAUUCAGGUCAGCCUGUUCCAGUGUUUCCAUCCUGGGUGUAUGAGAGGCCUGCGCUUAUUGGUGAUUUCUUAAUUGGCACUGCUCUAAGCACUGACGUAACUGUACCUAUAGGUACUCUGCCAUUAGCAUCCCAAGAAUCCAUGAUUGUGGAGGACCUGCUGUAUGUUUUGAUCGGUGUGGAUGGAAGAUAUAUCACAGCACAGCCUCUUGUUGGCAGGCAGAACCGAGCAUUUUUAGUCGAUCCAAACUUGGACUUGUCCAUCAAAGAGCUGGUGACCAGGAUUCUUCCCGUAGCAGCAAGUUACUCUGCUGUCACCAGGUUUAUAGAGGAGAAGUCUUCCUUUGAGUAUGGACAGGUAAAUCAUGCGCUGGCUGCUGCUAUGCGGACUCUGAUCAAGGAAUACAUGAUACUAAUUACCCAGCUGGAACAUCUUCAGAGACAGGGACUUCUCUCGCUGCAGAAGCUCUGGUUUUAUAUCCAGCCCACAAUGAGGACCCUAGAGAUUCUUUCUUCACUUGCUACUUCUGUGGAUAAGGGUGAGUGUAUGGGAGGGUCAACCCUGAGCUUACUCCACGAUAAGACUUUCAACUACACAGGAGACAGCCAGGCUCAGGAGCUGUGUCUGUAUCUAACGAAGGCAGCCAGUGUGCCUUAUUUUGAAAUACUGGAAAAGUGGAUAUAUCGAGGCAUCAUUAAUGAUCCAUACAGUGAGUUCAUGGUGGAGGAGCACGAGUUGCAGAAGGAGAAGAUUCAGGAGGACUAUAACGACAAGUAUUGGGAUCAAAGAUACACUGUUGUUCAGCAGCAGAUUCCCUCUUUCUUGCAGAAAAUGGCUGACAAAAUACUAAGCACGGGAAAAUACUUGAAUGUUGUGCGAGAAUGUGGACGUGAUGUCACCUGCCCUGUGGCUAAAGAGGUCAUCUAUACUUUGAAAGAGCGAGCGUAUGUGGAACAAAUAGAAAAAGCAUAUAACUAUGCUAGCAAAGUUCUCCUGGAUUUCCUAAUGGAGGAGAAAGAGCUUGUGGCUCACCUAAGAUCUAUAAAACAUUAUUUCCUGAUGGAUCAAGGGGACUUUUUUGUUCACUUCAUGGAUCUCACAGAAGAGGAACUUAAAAAGCCUGUAGAUGACAUCAUAACUACUAGGCUAGAGGCACUGCUUGAGUUGGCCUUGAGAAUGAGCACAGCCAACACAGAUCCUUUCAAGGAUGAUUUAAAGAUUGACUUGAUGCCCCAUGACCUCAUUACGCAGCUCUUGAGAGUAUUGGCAAUAGAAACGAAGCAAGAAAAGGCCAUUAUUGGUGCAGAUCCCACAGAGCUCACUCUCAGUGGUCUGGAAGCAUUUUCCUUUGACUACAUUGUUAAGUGGCCUCUGUCCCUGAUUAUAAACAGGAAAGCACUGACAAGAUACCAGAUGCUUUUCAGGCACAUGUUCUAUUGCAAACAUGUGGAAAGGCAGUUGUGCAACGUUUGGAUCAGCAAUAAGACAGCCAAGCAGUUCUCCCUGCAUUCAGCUAAAUGGUUUGCUGGUGCUUUCACACUGCGGCAGCGAAUGCUGAAUUUUGUGCAGAAUAUCCAGUAUUACAUGAUGUUUGAAGUGAUGGAGCCAACGUGGCACAUUCUCGAGAAGAACUUGAAAUUGGCUUCUAAUAUCGAUGAUGUUCUGAGCCACCACACAAGCUUUUUGGACAACUGCCUGAAGGACUGCAUGCUGACCAACCCUGAGCUGCUGAAGAUCUUCUCCAAACUGAUGUCUGUCUGUGUCAUGUUCACAAACUGCAUGCAGAGGUUCACCCAGAGCAUGAAGCUGGAUAGCGAGAUGGACCGGCUCAGCCUAGAACAUGGCACAAUGCUGGGCCCACCAACAGAGGAAGAACGUGCUGAAGAGACUGCAAAGAAGAAGCUGACUAACAAGGUGGACCUUUCUGGUUUUCAGCACACCUCUGGCUCCAAAAGCAGAAUCUUUGUAGAAUAUGGGGGUAUUUCUGAGGACGCUGUGGAGCACUGAUGGCGCUCUCAAGUCUGCUUUGAGGACCUUGUCUCCCACAGCAGUCACUGCAAUUGUUCUUCAGUUCUUAGCUGUAUUUCCAGCUGUGUGCAUGAAGGUGGAUGAGCCAGUAAGCUUGGAGUCUGACAGCCCUUCCCUUUUGUAUAUGAGAUAUUUACCUUGUCUUUGUUUCUAUAUUUUUCCCUGUUUAGAUGCGCGCUUACUAAGCCACUUGUUAUGCUCUGCUGUUAGCAGAAAAUAACCAGCAGCAUAUAUUUGAGGAUUAUUCUACUGGGGUCUACUCUGGUGUCCUCCCAGAUGGGCAAGGCAAGGUUUUUAACCAUCGAGGAUCUUGCAUCUGUUUUGAAAAUGUUAUUGCAGUGCCUGAGUUACCAUUCAGUUUUAUGGCAGUAUUUUUGACCAGGUUUUGAAAAAGGGAUGGGAUAGUUGCAUCUCCUUGACAAACACAAAUCCUUUGUCU